CACACUUCUACUUGACCGUAAAACGGGAAGCGCCUGAAGCGCGCGCGCGCCAGCACUGACCUUUCCGCUGGCGGGCUUCACGUAGAAGACAGAGGGGGAAAAACACACACACACACACACACACACACUUACACACACCACAUACUGAGCGAGAGAGUGAGAGAAACAGAGAGAGAGAGAGAGAGAGCGCGCGCAUAGAAUCGAGAAGGCAUCACGCGUCGCGCUAACGAGACGGACUCGAGUCUCGCGCACGCACCGCGCCACCGGUGAUGAGGAUUGUCGCGCGCCGGAUCGUGCACAGAAACCGGGCUGUGUCAGAACCGGGGGCUCGCUGAGGCGAUCAGAGGGAGAGGAGGAGAGGAGAGGAAGCAGAGGAAGGAGAGGAGAGAAGAGGAGCGAGCUGCCGCCUGGGGGAAGAAUGAACCUCUUCAGUGCCAUGUUCCUCCUGCUGAUGUUAGCCUCUCUGCCGUGUGAGGCCUUAUACCCAAGCCCGGAGGAAGGCUGGCAGAUCUACAGCUCGGCACAGGAUGCGGAUGGAAAGUGUAUCUGCACGGUGGUGGCUCCGGCCCAGAACAUGUGUAAUCGAGACCCACGCAGUCGCCAGCUCCGCCAGCUCAUGGAGAAGGUCCAGAAUAUUACCCAGUCUAUGGAAGUUCUGGAUUUAAGGACAUACCGGGAUUUGCAAUACGUCAGGGAUACGGAGAACCUAAUGAAAACGGUGGACGGCAAAUUGAAGACGGCUUCUGAGAACCCUCGCAGCCUUAACCCCAAGAGCUUUCAGGACCUAAAGGACAAGGUGACUCAGCUGCUUCCCCUUCUGCCGGUGCUGGAGCAGUACAAGACGGAUGCGCAGAUGAUCCUGCGGCUCCGAGAUGAGGUGAGGAACCUGUCGCUGGUGCUGAUGGCCAUCCAGGAGGAGAUGGGAGCCUACGACUAUGAGGAGCUCCGGCAGAGAGUCCUGUUACUGGAGACUCGGCUGCACUCCUGCAUGCAGAAACUGGGCUGCGGGAAGCUUACUGGCGUCAGUAACCCCAUCACCAUCCGCGCCUCAGGCUCUAGGUUUGGUUCCUGGAUGACGGACACGAUGAUUCCCAGCUCUGAUAACAGGGUGUGGUCAAUGGAUGGUUACUUUAAGGGGCGACGCGUGCUUGAAUACCGCACUCUGAACGACUUCAUGAAGGGUCAGAACUUCGUUCAGCACCUCCUGCCUCACCCCUGGGCAGGGACAGGUCACGUGGUCUACAACGGCUCCCUCUACUACAACAAAUACCAGAGCAACAUCCUGAUCAAGUACCACUUUCGUUCGCGCAGCGUCCUGGUCCAGCGGAGUCUGAGCGGCGCCGGCUACAACAACACCUUCCCGUACUCGUGGGGCGGCUCGUCCGAUAUCGACCUGAUGGCUGACGAGAGCGGACUGUGGGUCGUGUACACCACCAUCGCCAACGCGGGCAACAUCGUCAUCAGCCGCCUCCAGCCUGAGAGCCUGGAAAUCCUGCAGACGUGGGACACGGGCUUUCCCAAACGCAGCGCUGGCGAGUCCUUCAUGAUCUGCGGUACGCUCUAUGUCACCAACUCGCAUCUCGCCGGAGCCAAGAUCUACUUCGCCUACUAUACCAACACAUCCACCUACGAGUACACGGACAUUCCAUUCCAUAACCAGUACUCACACAUCUCCAUGAUGGACUACAACCCACGUGAGCGUGUGCUCUACACCUGGAACAACGGCCACCAGGUGCUCUACAACGUCACACUGUUCCAGGUCAUCAAGACCUCCGGGGACUGAGGGUGUCAUUUACACACACACACACACACACACACACACACACACACACACACACACACACACACAAAACACACCUGUGCAUUACAUAUUUACCAUACAAGUGCGUGUAUAUACAGUAUGUAUACAGUAAACCCACAAACUGACAAGAAGGACAUGACCAUGGCUGGAGCAUAACUUUUCUUUUAACUUUCUUUUUUUUCUUUCCUAAAUUUUCCAUUUCUAUCUUUAUAGAGUGCUAUUAUUCACAUAUUGUACUGAGAAAAGCCCACGGGCAGAAAGGUCAAUGCUGAUUACCGAACUGAGCUUUUUUUUUUUUCGUUUUUUUUUUUUCUUCUUCUUUGUGACAAGUAAGCAUGACAUGUUUUUGAUUUGUGGCCAAAAAAAUAAAUAAAUGUCUGCCUUUAACAUUUCA